AUGUCAGCUUCGCCCCCGGCCUCUGCCGCAUCUGUUCUUCCACCCUCCCAACCAUGCUUUCCACCGUUCUCUGUACCAUCCGACGACCCUGUGAACGAUGAACUGGUUGACAUUCAGUCUUCUGAUGUCAUGUUUCUUGAGACUCUGAAGAUGAAAAUUGACCGCAAAAACGGCAAUAAGUGUGUUGUUACCUUCAAAGUUGAAAUCAGCAACAAGCUUUGCGUUAUGAAAGUGUAUAAGCACACUGGAUACUGGGAUCAAUUUCGCACCGAGGAGUGUGCUUAUCGACUGCUUCAAGAUAGGGGCUUUUGUGAGCGAGGUGUUGUUCCAAAAUUCUACGGAAUCAUCGACAGAAUAGAAGAUGUAAAUCUCUGGCCAGAUUUAUACCAGUUCGAAGACGACACAACUCCGCCUAGCGCCCUUAUUAUUGAAUACAUACCAGACGCUAACAAGAUCGAUCUCGACAACUUUACGCAAGACAACAUGGAUAGGCUGUGUGCAAUCCUCGCCGAGUUCCAUAAUAUCGGCCUCCUUCAUGGCGACCCAUACCCGAGAAACAUGAUGGUUGUUCAGGGAACGCCUAGAGACAGAGUCUUCUGGCUGGACUUUGACUCUUCGAGCAUUGAGGAUCGAACAGUUCAUGACGAACACGCAGAAAUGCUGUUCCGACAGGAGUCAGAGGAGAUGGCAUGUAUUGCGAAAGCAUAUUCGGCGGAUGCUAAGACUGGCAAACCCACGACGGCAGUCCGGCCAACCCAGGGGUUCCUCGCCAAGCUGCCGUCGAACCAGGCGGGCUUGUCGGACCCUGGCGCGCUGAUCAUCGCGCACAGCCUCGGCGGACUCAUCACCCUGCACGCGGUUGAGGCGCGGCCAGAGCUCUUCUUCGGCGUGCUGUACGCGGACGUGCCGCACUAG